UGCCCUCACCCAUGAUGUGAUAAUUAAUAAUUUUUAAUUUAUCACUAAGGUUAAGGCUAAGAAAAAUUGAAUAAGGCCAAAGAUUAAUCCAAGGUUUUAGGCAUUUGACACAAGAUAUUAUUAUUAUUAUUAUUAGCAGAACCCAAUGGGUGUGCGUUGGUUUCAUUGGUGGGAGUGGAAGCUCCAAUCCAAUGGCCAUUUUUGUCUGUGACUGUGAUGCACACUGAAACAAUUAACCCUAUUCAUCAAUCUCCAGUGUGGCACUGCCAUCAAUGUCCACCACCAUUUCUUCCCUUCCCUUCUCUCUCCCACUUCGCCAAAAUUCCAGGGUUACCCUUUUCAAUCCACCCUCCUCUUCUAUUCCAUCCCAAUCAGCAGUCACGUUUCCUAAAAAGCAAUGGAGAUUUUUGUGUUUAAGGCAUGGAAACACUUCAUCGGAAACUGAUGGUUCUGAGCUCAAAGAAGAUAAAUUGUCUGAAGAUUUGGUGAAGCUCGAAGGUGACCAGUCCAAAAACCUGAAGAAAGAUUGGCUUGCAACUAUCCUUACGGUCGUAACUGUCAUUCGUGGUGUGGAACCCUGGUCAGUUCCUUGGACAGCAAAGAUCAUUGUUCAGGUAAUGCUUCUCUGGAUUGCCUCAUUUUGGUUUGUAGGAACUUGGAUAGUUCCAUUUUUAGCAUACACAGCAGGGUUUAGAAAGGAAUCUCUUACAUACAGAGGGCAAGCAUUGUACAGCCUCUUGACCGAUGUUGCCGAAGGCGUGAUUGGGAUAGCAAUUCUUCACCAUUGUCUUGCAAAGUUUCAACCUCUUUCAUCUGAUUGGUUCAAAUUUGAACUCAAGGGGAAGUGGCCGUUUGAUGUUGGUUUAGGCUGCCUCAUGUUCCCCCUUAUCAAUCAGCUAUCACAAAUGAACCUAAAUUUGUUGCCUGUUCUUCAAUAUACUCCAGUUGCCAUCUCAAGUGUAGAGCAGUCCAUUGUUGCACGAGACCUUGUGGCAAUGGCCCUCUAUGCAGUGAUAGUCUCAGUCUGUGCCCCGAUAUGGGAGGAGAUUGUCUUCCGUGGUUUCCUUCUCCCAUCUUUAACCAAGUACAUGCCUGUAUGGAGUGCAAUAUUAGUUAGCUCAAUAGCUUUUGCAUUGGCACAUUUUAACAUCCAGAGGGUGCUACCACUUGUAUUUCUUGGCAUGGUGAUGGGCACUGUCUUUGUACGUUCUAGGAACCUCUUGCCAUCAAUGUUGUUGCAUAGUUUGUGGAAUGCUUUUGUAUUUCUGGAUCUCAUGAAAUAAAAGUUUUUGACAGAUUUUCAUAC